GUUUUGAGGUCUUUUCUAGGACUACAAUAAAAUACUGUGGACAUAAUUUUGUGCUUUUUAACAAAACUCGCUUAAAGACGACCAGUAACGUUUUCAGCGCAUUACACAAAUCACACACAUUCUUGUGGCCGUGUUACGCAUGUGCUGUUUCGGUCCGCGCCCCUCCCUUUGGAAAGCUGUUGCUGUUCACAAGUUGUCCAGACUGUGUUUGGCACUCGUCUGCCCUGUGCUCUCUAUAGAGUCAGACAGCUGAUGAUGAGCCUCUGGGGUAUAUUUAAAGCCCCGGGGAAGCGGAAGCCUGGCCUGCUGUGCGUUAUCAGCUGAGAGCUGCUAGCUAGCUCAAGGCUGAACGACAUAUCAUUAGCUAGCUAGCAGUACUGCUGUUAAUUCACACACACGUAUAAAUAUGAAUAGCGAAAGAAAUGGGGGGUUAUUGGAGCAGUAAUGCCCGCAGCCGUAAGACAACUCUGUAGACGAAACCGGAAAUUAACAUUUCCCAGCUUGUGGAGAACCGAGUCAACCUUCGCCUCUGACCCAGACGCCCCCACCUCCAUCUCUGCAGCCAGUGUCUGGCCACUGUAACCAUGACGACAGGUGGGUGUUGCCACCUGCCUGGCUCACUGUGUGACUGUGCCAGCAGCACGGGCCUGUGGAAGAGUGUGGAGGAAGCAGGUGGUGAGGGAUGCCAGGUGCUCUAUGUCACCCAGGUCACAGCCAUAGAUGGACGGUUGCUGUCCUCUGUGCUCAAACCCAUGGGCACACAAAGUGAUGGUCCCAUCUGCCGUAUUUGCCAUGAAGGAGGCAGCAGUGAGGGUCUCCUGUCCCCUUGUGACUGCACAGGCACCCUGGGCACAGUGCACAGGAGCUGCUUAGAGAAGUGGCUGUCAUCCUCCAACACCAGCUACUGCGAGCUGUGCCACACAGAGUUCAGUGUCGAGCACCGGCCAAGGCCUCUCACAGAGUGGUUGCGGGACCCUGGCCCUCGUAAUGAGAAGAGAACGCUGUUCUGUGACAUGAUUUGCUUCCUCUUUAUCACGCCCCUAGCAGCCAUUUCAGGCUGGCUGUGCCUGAGGGGAGCUCAGGAUCAUCUGCAGCUGGGCAGCUGGCUGCAGGCUGUUGGCCUCAUAGCCCUCACCAUCGCCCUCUUCACCAUCUAUGUCCUGUGGACCCUGGUAUCGUUCCGCUACCACUGUCAGCUCUACUCUGAGUGGAGGCGAACAAAUCAGAACGUACGUCUGCUCAUUCCUGAAGCCAAAGAGUCCAUCUCUUCCCAGCAUUCCUUGCUCUCUACCAAACUGAUGAAGAAGUCUGCCAGUGAGAGUAUAGUAUGAGACCAAACAGAGGUAGCGAAUGGUGAUGGUGUCUUUUGUGUGCCAGGGCUGAUUCACAGUGCACUAUGCUUGCCAGCAAAACUUGUAGGCUUUUUUCGUAGCUUUUUUUUUCUAUGCCCCAUUGGUACUUAUUUUUCCACCUUGCAUCUUCUAAGACUGUGCUUGUGUGGGUGGAAACAUUAGCACAUUCAAAUGGAGUCUGUCUGUCUUCAUGCUGGGUGUUGACCAAGCUUAUGCAAAGGCACUGAAGAAUGGCACAGCACACGGAGGUGUGCAGACACUGACACAGAUGUGGGAACAGUCUUGAAUGUGGCAGUAACACAAGUAACAAUGAAAAUAGUACAAUGGUUGGACUAAACUCACUUGUUUAACAAACUGUUAAAUGUUCUAACAGUUGUUCUGCUUAGUUUCAACAACUCAUCGGUGGUCCACAUAUGACUACAGAGUGUAGCAGGUUCAGUCAUUUAUUCAUUUUGCUGCCAUGAUGAAAGUGUAAAGUGCUAAAUACAUGUCAUGCACAUACAGUGCCUUGCAGAAGUAUUCAUACCCCUUGAAUUUUUCCACAUUUUGUCACAGUACAACCACA